CGCUAUUGAUGGAUACUAAUGACGUAAGUUUAGUCUGUAUUCGUGCUUGACGACGGGACCACUCUGUGUCUGGGUGAAGAAUGAGAAGGACCACCAUUUCCAUCAGAGGAAUUAUCAUUAGGACAAAUCGUUGAGUUUUUAAAUCAGUUUUUUUUGUGUGUUUUUUUUAAUUUUUUACAUUUCUAGGUGUUGGAAACUUUACAUGAGAUGAAAGGCGCAGAGAGACUCAUCUUUCUGGGCUGGCUGCUGACAGGUACCCUGUGUCAAGGUGGGGUGGAAGGAACGGUCUGCACUAAUCCUCCCAGGAACACGUCAGUAUCUGUGAUUCCCUCUGGCGAAGUGUUAGAAGGCAGUUCAGUGACUCUGACCUGCAGCAGUGAUGCCAACCCACCAGGGAUCAGCUACCGCUGGUACUCAGUGAGAGCGGGUGACACCAGAUCUACAGGCUAUGGGCCGGUCCUGAGGACCAAAAUCUGGGCGGACAAUACCCUCUUCUACUGUGAAGCCAAGAAUAUGUGUGGAGCACAUAAUUCAACGAUCACUAAAGUAACUGUGUGGUAUGGUCCUAAAACCAUGUCUGUGUCAGUCACCCCAUCUGGACCCGUGUUUGAUGGUGCGAUGGUGAAUCUGACCUGCAGCAGCAAUGGCAACCCACCAGUAAGCAGCUUCACCUGGUACAGUGUGAAGGGAGACCAGGCGACACAGCUUGGGGUUGGGACGAGGCUAGAGACCAGUGUGUCUGCAGAAGUCCACCAGUUUUACUGUGAGGGCAGAAACGACCACGGAGGACAGAACUCAACGCUGAUAGAAGUGGUUGUACAGUAUCCUCCCAGAAACACGUCAGUAUCAGUGAAUUCCUCUGGUCCAGUGUUGAAGGGCAGUUCAGUGACUCUGACCUGCAUCAGUGAUGCCAACCCACCAGUGUCCAGCUAUAACUGGUACUCAGUCGACGAGAGCGAAACACGCAGUGUAAUAGGAGUUGAACAGAUGUACACAGUAGCUAAUGUCAAUGGUAAUACACAGUACUUCUGCAUAGCUAAAAAUCGACACGGAUCGGACAAUUCAACAACGCUCCAGCUCGACAUUCAGUAUCCUCCCAGGAACACAUCAGUAUCUGUGAGUCCCUCUGAUUCUGUGUUAGAGGACAAUUCAGUGACUCUGACCUGCAGCAGCGAUGCCAACCCACCAGUGACCAGUUACCGCUGGUACUCAGUGAGAGAGGGGAAGGAGGACUAUGUGGCCUCUGGACAAAAAAUAAUCCAGGCCACAAUGAAUGUUAUUGACGGAAGAGAAUACUACUGUAAAGCCCAAAAUCAUCAUGGAGAGGAUCAGUCAGCGACUACAAACGCAUCUGUGGAGUUUGCUCCUCAGAUCUCAUCCUCCUCUCGCUGCCUCCACUCCAGAUCUCAGGUCAGCUGUACCUGUGACAGCCACGCUAACCCCGCCCCCUUGGUGCAGUGGCGUCUGUCUGGCCGACAUGUCAAUCAUUCCACAGCCACGGCCAUCAGGGAGGAGCCUCUGGGCAGAAUUGGCCUCAGGAGCACUCUGACCAUCCGUCAAUCACAAGAAGACACGCCCACUGCACUUUGCCUCAGCUCCAACUCUCAGGGCUCUGCCAGUCUGCAGCUUUGUGUCACCUCCACAGGUUACCAGAUGCUGUCUCUGUUGGUGGGAGCUGGGGCAGGUGCUGCUGGGAUGCUGUUGCUGUGUGUUGUAACAUGUGUCAUUGCCAGGAGAUUGCAUGCCAAGACAACCUGGGAUCUGAAACCGGAGGACAUAACAGAGCUCAUACUAACUGACUGGACUCUCUCUCAGGAAGAGGACUCUCUGUACGCCAGUAAAUCCACACUGACCGGACACCCGAGAGCCAACGGGGCCAAUGGGAAAGGGACCAGAGGGGUUAAUCCAGACCUCCAUGGGCCCCAACCCACAGACCCUCCUGGAGGUCUACACUACAAACCCCCACCCAUAGGCCCCCUUAACAGUGAUCACGUACCCCUCCAGCACUCCAGCCUGGACACCACCACGACCAGGAUAGAGGGGUAGGGAGCGGGGGGUGACAUCAGGGGUGAGAGAGA